CCACAGGUGGGCGCUUUAGUCACAUCAGGGACCUUUUAACAUGAUUUCACUCUGUAUAUUUCACAAAUGAAAACAUUUCUGAAAAUGUCGAUGGAGAAUAAAUUCUUGACUUUGAAGACGAAAAGAUAGGAGACUAAUAUAAAGACAGUCUUUUGCUGCAAUUUUGUGUAACAACGGGAAGUAAAAGUGAAACUCAAUAGCUGAUUUAACAGAAGCCAUUACUGAGCUCAGAACAGGCUUGAACACUCGUGGACUUAGGACUUACUUUGUUUAAACAAAGUAAACAAACAAACGCAAAUAUUUCCCUUGGCUCUCACGGGGUAAAAAUAAAUUAAUUACUAAGACUUUUCACGAAAUCGUCGACUCGUCGUGUUCUUGGUCUUGGUCUCGCUUACGUUUUCACGUCUCAUCUCAGCCACGUACUGUGGAAAGAAGCGAUCCGUAACGCAACCCGGUUGUAUGUGCCUAAUUAAGCAGUAGACGUGGACCUCAGAUCGCCCCGAUUUUCUCUCGCAGACCAAGACCUGCUACCGGGACAGAAUGGCGUCCAGAUCUUCAAUUCUGGAAGAGGAGCUUUCCUGUCCUGUUUGCUCUGAAAUCUUCAGGGAUCCAGUUGUCCUGAGUUGCAGUCACAGCUUCUGCAAGGCCUGUCUGCAGCAGUACUGGGAACAGAAGGGAUCUCAGGAGUGCCCAAUUUGCAGGAGAAGAUCCUCUAAGAAUCAACCCUCCAUUAGUAUGUCUCUGAGGAAUAUCUGUGAGGCGUUCUUAAAGGAGAGAAGUCAGAGAGCUAAAGCAGGAUCUGAAGUGCUCUGCAGUCUGCACAGUGAGAAACUCAAACUCUUCUGUUUGGAUGAUGAUGAACCCAUUUGUGUUGACUGUUUAACAGGAACACACAGAAAUCACAACUUCUGUCCAAGAGAUGAGGCUGCACUGAAAUAUAAGGAGACACUCAGGACUGCACUGGCUCCACUGCAGGAGAAGCUAAAAGCCUUUAAUGCAGUGAAACUAAUCUGUGAUCAAACAGCACAGCACAUCAAGAGCCAGGCCCAGCACACAGAGAGACAGAUAAAGAUGGAGUUUGAGAAACUUCAGCAGGUCCUAAAAGAUGAAGAGGCAGCCAGGAUCACUGCACUGAGGGAGGAAGAGAAGCAGAAGAGUCAGAUGAUGAAGGAGAAGAUUGCCAAGAUGACCAAAGAGAUAUCAUCCCUUUCAGAACAAAUCAGAACCAUAGAACAGAAGCUGGGAGCUGAAGACGUCUCAUUCCUGCAGAGUUACAAAGAUUUGGAGAAACGAGCCCAGUGCACACUGGCGGAUCCAGAGAAGGCCUCAGGAGCGCUGAUUGAUGUGGCCAAGCACCUGGGCAAUCUGAAGUACAGAGUGUGGGAGAAGAUGCUGGGGACUGUUCAAUACACUCCUGUGACUCUGGACCCAAACACAGCACAUCCCAACCUCUCACUGUCUGAGGGUCUGACCAGUGUGAGAUGCUGUGGAGAGAUUCAGCAGGUUCCUGAUAAUCCAGAGAGAUUUGAUAGGUGGGGUUGUGUGCUGGGCUCUGAGGGAUUCAGUUCAGGGAAACACUGCUGGGAUGUAGAGGUGGGGGAUGAAGAUUACUGUGUGGUAGGUGUGGCUAAAGAGUCCAUCAAAAGGAAAACGGACUUCACACUGAGCCCAGCAGGAGGAGUGUGGAGUAUACGGCAAAUCAGUGGGAAAUACACAGCCCUGAGCUCCUCACCUACAGCCCUCACUGUGCAGAGGAAACCCCAGAGGGUCAGAGUGCAGCUGGAAUGGGACAGGGGGGAGGUGUCAUUCUCUGACCCCAGUGACAACACUCCUCUCUACACUUUUAAACACUCCUUCACUGAGAGAGUGUUUCCAUUCUUCAAUCCUGGUUCUCUACGAAUCUGUCCACUGAAGGUGUCUGUAAGAGUGGAAUAGCAGUCACUGUGGGAUUGUGGGUAAAAAUCAGCUGAAGAAAGAGGACUAUUUACUUGCUUCUGAGCAGGUUUAAUGCUUGAAAGGGCGCUUUUUUACUACGGCUAUUGUAAGUGUAUGGUUUGUGUGUAAUCGGUUGAAGUGUAAUAAAUGCACCAGUGGAAUCAUACAAAAUUCUCUUUCAAUAUUUUAUUUAAUCUUUAAAAAAUAUAUAGAUCCAUUUUUACAGCAGUUCUCGAUGAAUGUAACUUCAUAACCUCAUGAUGUGAAUGUUGCAGUAAAUACAUUGGUUUGUGUGUAAUCAGUUGAAUUGUAAUAAAUGCACCAGUGGAAUCACA